CUGCACCUGUGUGUGCCCCAUAUAAACCCACCUGGGCAGCACCCAGGAGGCUUUUGGUGGAUGGGAGGGAUGGGGCUGCUUGUGGGGCAGCAGUGCUCUGGCACUUUGAGAAUGAGGCUGCUGCUGCUCCUUUUGUUUGGAUUUUUGCUGUUCUUGGCCCCUAGGGUCUUAGGGGAAUUGGACCUCUCAGAGAGCGUGACCUGCCUGCAGGACAGGCUGGAGCUGGAGCUUCCCGGGGAGCUCGGCAAUCACUCGUGGCGUGUGCGCGCCGUGGAUGCGAGCGGGGAGGAGAUGAUGUCCUGUGAGCACACUGUGGAUUAUGAGAAGCUGCUGCUCAGAGCCCUGCUGGUGAACUGCACUAGCCUGGAGCACGGCCAGCACCAGCUGAGGCUGCUCCUGCUGCUGAACGGCACCGUGGGAGAGGAGAGGAACGUCACCUACAGCGCUCAGUGCAGCGCUGCCCGCAGGGAUGAAAUCAUCGCUCCUCUCUUUGUUGGUGUGACCGAGUGCACAAAGGAUUCCAUGGCGGUUACCUUCCCAGGACCAAGCCUCAGUGAUGAGCACCCGGUUCAGGUGGCUGCGCUGGCUGGGACUCUGACAAUUGAUGAUGGAAUCAGGGUUCACCAGCUGAGCCUUGAGGAAGCCACGCAGCACGGCUACAGCUUUCUGACUGAUGGACACCACCUGGUAUUCCAGGCAGCCUUCACUGCCAUUGGAGUUGUCUCCUACAAGCACAACCAGGAGGCGCUCUACACUGCGGCUCUGAAGCUCACAUAUGGCCCUCCUGAACACAGACUGACCGUGGAGUCAAGAAUGCUUUGUGCUCCAGGUUCGGUGCUUUGUAACACAACACACAUGGCUGUUGCCAUCCCAGCCUUCCCGGGGACCCUUAUGGCUGUGGCUGUAGAGGAUGAGACCAUCCCAAAGGACCAGCUCCAGGACAAAGGCAUUACUCUCAACACAACAGGAGGGGUCAACCUGCUUGUCAGCAGGGCAGUCCUGAAGUCUGCACUACGUGGGGAGAGCUGCCCCGGAGUUCAGUCCUACCUGUCCUUCUUGAAACUGACUUUUCAUUUCCACGGGGAGACUGUGGCAAUGGUGAUGCGCCCAGAGUGCCCCUGUGACCAGCACGCACCAAUAGCUGCUGUAUGCACUCAGGAUGGGUACAUGGAUUUUGAAGUCCUUGCUGGCAGUACUACACCUCCGCUAGCCCUGGACACGCUCAGGCUCAGAGAUCCCAUGUGCAAACCUGCCUUCAGGUCCCCCUCAAACGACAGGGCCUGGUUUCAUGUCCCACUGAGCAGGUGUGGGACCAGGUACUGGCUUGAAGGAGAGAAGAUAAUGUAUGAGAAUGAGGUGAGGGCGCUGCGGUCUGACCAUGUGCUGUACAGGAUCUCAAGGGACAGUGAGUUCAGGUUAACGGUGCUGUGCUCCUUCAGCAAUGGUGAUGCCUCCAUCUCUGUAGGGGUUGAAAACCCUCCCCCCCUGGCUGCUUCCAUGAACCAAGGCCCCCUCUCUUUAAUUUUUCUAAGCUACCCAGGACUACUGUCGUGUAGGGACUCACCUACCAAGGCUUUGGCUCUUGCAGAGGACUCGUACAGGCAGCCGUACCGUGACGACCAGUACCCCAUAGUGAGGUACCUCCAGCAGCCCAUCUUCAUGGAAGUGCAGGUCCUGAACCGCAAUGACCCCAACCUCCAUCUCCAGCUGGAUGACUGUUGGGCAACAGCAUCGGAAGAUCCGAGCUCGCUUCCUCAGUGGAAUAUUGUUGUUGAUGGGUGUGAGUACGACCAGGACAGCUACAGGACUGCGUUCCAUGCUGUGGGCCGUGGCGUCAGCUAUCCCAACUAUCGCCAGAGGCUGGAAGUGAAGGCUUUUGCUUUCGUGUUGGACAAAGCCCUCCCCGGCCUGGUGUACUUCCACUGCAGCGCCCUCCUCUGCGACCACUUCCAGCCGGACUCCCCCUUGUGCACAGCGAGGUGCCCCAGGCCGCAUAGGAGCAAGCGAGGCGGUGCGAGGCCGGGCGCCAGUUCCACGGCGAGCCUGCAGGGUCCGGUUCUCCUGGUGCCCCGCGGAUGGGCGGCAGCUGGAGGGGACGCUGCGCUGAGCCGGGCGACGUGGGCUGCGGUGACUGCGGCUGCUGUUGGCGUUCUCUCUCUGGCGGCCGCGAUGCUGUUAUUUACGGCUCUUCUUAAAUGCCUUAAAAGAAGAGCCCUGAUGGUAAAUGCGGUAUAUUAAUGCGUUUGUUAUCGAACUUGGAUUAAAAAUGUGGCUUUUCAGGUAAGAGAUGUA